CAUGUCAAGACAAAAUCAAAACAAAAGUCUGCAAUUGACAAAAGAUACCAAAAAUGACAGCUGAGCAAAAAGCAGAGGAAGCAGUUGAAGAACUGUACCAUUUUAAGGACCACUACCUGGAGAUAAAUGGCAAGGAGAAGGGACAUCAGAAAAAUGAUGAUGUCCAAAAGAAGAUGCAAUCAACCUUAGAAUAUUUAGAAAGUUUAAACGAUGAAAUAUCCAACAGGGCAGUAUAUUUCAUGCUGAAGGGUAAAAUUUUGAAUGUUCUACCUUCACAUGACCCAAAUGCUGAGGAAGCUCUGUCCAAGGCUGUCAAAUUGGAUCCCAAACUUGUUGGUGCUUGGAACCAGCUUGGAGAAUGUUAUUGGAAAAGUGGCAACAUAAAUUCCUCCAUAAACAGUUUUUCUGGAGCCCUUAACCAUUCAAAAAACAAGGUAUCACUGCGCAACUUGUCAAUGGUUCUGCGACAGAUGCCCGGCACACAGGCACAGAGGUUAAAGAUGGUUCAGGAGAGUUUAGACAAGGCUAAAGAGGCAGUACAACUGGACGUCAAUGAUGGAAUAUCUUGGAUGAUUCUGGCCAACGCCCACUUGUCCAUCUUUUUUGCCAGCGGAGUACAGAACCCAGAAUCUCUGACACAAUGUAUGAAAGCUUACAAACAAGCUGAGAAGGAUCCUGUAGCCAAAACAAAUGCUGAUCUUCAUUACAACAGAGCAAUGGCAUAUAAAUACCAGGAAGAGUAUCAGUCAGCAUUGGAAGGCUUUGAUUCUGCAGCAUGGAUGGAUCCUUUAUGGCAGGAACCUGGAAUAAAAGAGCAAGAGCUGAUGUCUUUCCUACGAAAAACUGUAGAGCUAACUCAAACAAAAGGAAAAUUAAAAGGUAAAAAAUUGUCAGCCAUGAUUGAGAAGUUGAAAGAGGCAGAUUUAGGUCCAUACAGUGGGGGAAGUUAUACCAGUCAGAAGGGCAAGGUCAUCACUCUUAACAAAUGUCCAUUUAGUGAGCUUGUCCCUGGUAAGGUUAACCAUGAGAAAGUGGUGCUUGGCAGGGUGGUGUGUUCUGUGUCGUGGGAGGACCCCGUGCCUUUUACAUUUUGUAUGGUAGAUGAAGCAGGAAUAUGUAUAGCUGUAAAUGUGUAUAACAUUGCACAAGGAGCUGGUGUGAAGGUGUGGGAUUCUGUGGCCAUACCAGAACCUUUCCUACAGGAAGUCAAAGUCAACCACAAGGACCUUACGCUGGAUUACACCAGUAUCAGAGUAGAUACACCUGUGGUUUUGGUGGUCAAUGGCCGAAAGCUUGGACUGGACAAACAGGCUCCUACAAUGCUAGUCAACAGAGUUUGUGAUGCCUAAGUGACUAUUAUUAACCAAAAAGACAUUGAAUGUGUGAGAUUGAAUCACUGAAAAAGAACUUGUGUGUGAAAGCUAUUCAUAAAUAUAUUUGGUAUUAAUUUGUAUGGAAGAACAUUUGUGGAAGUUUUUAAAUUUUUAACAUGGAUUCUCAAAGGACUUCCUUCACUGAUCAGAAAUCGUGAACUCAGCAUUUGGUGAUCUGUGCAGAUGAUAUUGUUGAUUGUGAUGUUGAAGGAAUUUGAAGAUAUUCAAAUUCUAUUAGAGUUUGUUUGUGAUUAAUUCUAGAGGAAUAUGUUUAAAUGUACAAGUGUUAGAGAUGUGUGUUUUUAUCAACAAACAUAUUAUUUGGUUAAAAUUAAAAAACAUCAUAUGUUGAACAUUUAUCAUUAUGUUCUCAUUCUGUUCAUAAACAAUUUGUUAUGUGAGUGUUCAGUACCUACUUUUCACUCUUUUUAAAUAGACAUAUCAGAUAUUCUACAUUUAUGUAAAUCAUACUAUUGUCAAGUCUUAUCCUGAUGUGUGACUUGUUUAUCAGAUCAGUGUAUAGGUAGUGUUUGAUAGACUUACACCUGUGGGGAAGACAACUUAUGAAAAAUAGUACACAACAUGUUCACAUAGUAUGGUAAAUAUAACAAACACCAAGUAUUUCUUUAUAGUGUGUUUUAUCUUUGAUGCUUGGUGAGGUCAGCACUUGGGUGGUGUAUGGUAGGGAGACUGUGAGAUUCCUGUAUACUUUAUCUUAAUUGUGAUGGUUGGUGAGGUCAGUACAUGGGUGGUGUAUGGUGGGGAGACUGUGAGAUUCCUGUAUACUGUAUCUUACCUGUGAUGGUUGGUGGGGUCAGUACAUGGGUGGUGUAUGGUAGGGAGACUGUGAGAUUCCUGUAUACUGUAUCUUACCUGUGAUGGUUGGUGGGGUCAGUACAUGGGUGGUGUAUGGUAGGGAGACUGUGAGAUUCCUGUAUACUUUAUCUUAAUUGUGAUGGUUGGUGAGGUCAGUACAUGGGUGGUGUAUGGUAGGGAGACUGUGAGAUUCCUGUAUACUUUAUCUUAAUUGUGAUGGUUGGUGAGGUCAGUACAUGGGUGGUGUAUGGUAGGGAGACUGUGAGAUUCCUGUAUACUGUAUCUUACCUGUGAUGGUUGGUGGGGUCAGUACAUGGGUGGUGUAUGGUAGGGAGACUGUGAGAUUCCUGUAUACUUUAUCUUAAUUGUGAUGGUUGGUGAGGUCAGUACAUGGGUGGUGUAUGGUAGGGAGACUGUGAGAUUCCUGUAUACUUUAUCUUAAUUGUGAUGGUUGGUGGGGUCAGUACAUGGGUGGUGUAUGGUAGGGAGACUGUGAGAUUCCUGUAUACUGUAUCUUACCUGUGAUGGUUGGUGGGGUCAGUACAUGGGUGGUGUAUGGUGGGGAGACUGAGAGAUUCCUGUAUACUGUAUCUUACCUGUGAUGGUUGGUGGGGUCAGUACAUGGGUGGUGUAUGGUAGGGAGACUGUGAGAUUCCUGUAUACUUUAUCUUAAUUGUGAUGGUUGGUGAGGUCAGUACAUGGGUGG